AACCCCGCGCGCGCGCGCCCCCGCGAGGACCGGCGGCGGCUGCGGCGGCGGCCACGUAGCGCUGCGGCGGCGGCGGCGGCCGAGGGGCAGCGGGAGCCGCGUCCGCCCGCCCGCCCACGGCGGCAGCGCCUGGGCCUGAGCGCCGGCCCCGGGCCGAGGCAGCGGCGGCGGCGGCCACUGGAGCGCGGGGGCCGAGCGGAGGGGCCGGAGGGAAGGCACGGAGGGAGGGCCCCGGCCGCCCUGCCCUCCGCCCUCCGCCGCCGCGCCCGCCCGCGCCCCCCUCCCCGCGCCGCCCGGCAUGGACGGCGGCGGGGGGCGGCCCCGAGGGCACCGGCCUGGGUGAGAUGCUCGAGGGCUCCUCUCGCUGCCGAAGAUCCCUGCCCGCGCUGCCCCUGCCGUGAUCCCGCCCCUCGCCGCAGCCCAGCCAGGACCCCCCGACCCCGCCGGGCUCCGAUGGAAGAGGCGCCGGGCCGGAGCAGCCCCCCCGGGACGGAGGGCGCCCCAUGAGCCCCCCCAGAUGAGCCACGCAGCCAAGGGGGAGCCCCCCGGGGCCGGCAUGGCGCAGGAGGGGCCGCCCGCCUUCUACCCCAGCCAGGAGCUCGACCUGUCCACCAAGGUGUACAAGAGGGAGUCAGGGAGCCCCUUCUCGGUGCUGGUGGACAGCAAAGUGAGCAAGGGCCACCUCCACGAGAGGGAGGAGCAGCCGUUUUUCAGGGAGAGCAGAGCGGUAGGAGAGGUCCGGGCUGUGAAAGAAGACAGGGAAAACUCUGACGACUCUGAGGAGGAGGAAGAGGAGGAAGAUGAAGUGACUUACAAAAGGGAGCAGAUUAUAGUGGAGGUAAACCUUAACAACCAAACCUUAAAUGUGUCCAAAGGGGAGAAGGGUGUCCCCUCCCAGUCCAAAGAGACUGCUGUCCUUAAGAGCAGCAGUGAGGAAGAGGAGGGUGACAGUGGGGAAGAGGCCACGGAAGACAGUAAUGAUUACGAGGAGAAUGAGAGGCAGAAGAAAAAGGAGAAAAGAGUGGAGAAGGUUAGUGUUGGCCAGAGGAGAAGCAGGAGAGCCGCCUCCGCCGCGGCCGCCGCCGCCUCCCCGGCGCCCCGAGCGACGCGGGGCCGCAGGAAGAGCGCGGAGCCCCCCAAGCGUAAGAAGAAAGCUGCAAAGGAGCCCAAGGCACCUGUGCAGAAAUCAAAGUGCGAAGAGAAGGAGACUCUGACCUGUGAGAAGUGCCCCAGGGUGUUUAACACACGCUGGUACCUGGAGAAGCACAUGAACGUCACCCACAGGCGGAUGCAGAUCUGCGACAAAUGUGGGAAGAAAUUUGUGCUAGAGAGUGAGCUGUCCCUCCACCAGCAAACUGACUGUGAAAAAAACAUCCAGUGCGUGUCCUGCAACAAAUCCUUCAAGAAGCUCUGGUCGCUCCACGAGCACAUCAAGAUCGUGCACGGCUACGCCGAGAAGAAAUUCUCCUGCGAGAUCUGCGAGAAGAAGUUCUACACCAUGGCCCACGUGCGCAAACACAUGGUUGCCCACACCAAGGACAUGCCCUUCACCUGCGAGACCUGCGGCAAGUCCUUCAAGCGCAGCAUGUCCCUCAAGGUGCACUCCCUGCAGCACUCGGGGGAGAAGCCCUUCCGCUGCGAGAACUGCGACGAGAGGUUCCAGUACAAGUACCAGCUGCGCUCCCACAUGAGCAUCCACAUCGGGCACAAGCAGUUCAUGUGCCAGUGGUGCGGCAAGGACUUCAACAUGAAGCAGUACUUCGACGAGCACAUGAAAACCCACACUGGAGAGAAGCCCUUCAUCUGCGAGAUCUGCGGCAAGAGCUUCACCAGCCGGCCCAACAUGAAGCGGCACCGGCGCACGCACACGGGCGAGAAGCCGUACCCGUGCGACGUGUGCGGGCAGCGCUUCCGCUUCUCCAACAUGCUCAAGGCGCACAAGGAGAAAUGCUUCCGCGUCACCAGCCCCGGCACCAGCCCCGGCCCCGCCGGCCCCGCGCUGCUGCCCGCGCCCUGCCCGGCCCCUCCGGCCGCGGGCGCCGCGCUGGGGCUGGGCCCGGCCGCGCCGCCGCGCCCCGUCCCGCACCCCUACGGCGCCCUGGCCCUGCCGCCCCACGGGCACCACCCCCACGGGCACCACCCCCAGCACCUGCCCGUGCCCCCCGUGCCGCACCUGCCGCCGCCCCCCGCCCUGUUCAAGAGCGAGCCCCUGAACCACCGCGGGCACGGCCACGGGCACGGCGGCGACGGCUUCCUGCGGCACCUGGACAAGGGCAGCCCGGCGCAGCCGCACUGACACCGGCCCGCGCCCAGGUUUGGGAGCCGGCAGCCGGGAAGGGAGCUGGGAUGGGAGCUGGGAUGGGAUUGGACUGCCAUGGCCACGGGCACGGCUUCCUGCGGCACCUGGACGAGGGCAGCCCGGCGCAGCCGCACUGACACCGGCCCGCGCCCGGGUUUGGGAGCCGGCAUCCAGGUUUGGGAGCC